UUUAAAUACGAGGUCAUGUUCGUUAUACUGAAAAUUGCCAAGUUUGACGAAAUGCAAGGACUUUGUAAAAUUUUUGUCGAGGAUACCGUUUGCAGCUAUCUCAAAUUUGAUCCUUCCCCUUUAAUUUAAAAAAAACUAAACGCUGCUGCGAUUUUUUUUCGCGACGUUACAGCACUUUGAAGUAGACCUUCCAUGUUUGUCAUCUAUCGCCGGCAUUGGCAUUUCAAAUAUUAUGAACGAUUGAUGGGGCAUUGAAAAACAUCGUUAUGUAAAUAAACAUCGUUAAAUGUAAUUUCCGCAAUUAUUGAAUGUCGCCAGUGACCAGAAAAUAUUUAGAAACAUUCCAUUGAGUACCGCGUUGCAACUCUUCGGUUUUUCCGUGGUGAACUUCCUUCCUUCAGAUACUGUUGAUGUUGCAUGUUCUGCGCCGACUAGUUACUUCGAAGGAGCACCUCUUUACAGAACACUGACAUAUAAGAUUGACGAGCGAAAGAAAUCGCAGCCAGGUUUCGUUUUUUGUUUUUUAAUUAGGGGAGAAAGAUCGAACUUCGUGUUACUGCAAACGGCAAUAUGACAAACAUGGGCUCGUAUUUAAAGGGUUACACUGAUGAGGAUACGUCAAACGUCAAAUCGAGAAACAGUAUCUUAAAGUAGAAGGUUCAAGCUUUAAUGUAAAAAAAAUAUCAUUGUCCUGCGUUGAUUGUUCAUUUAGUUGUCGUCGGUCAAAGUUGGCCAAUUUUUAUGAACAUCUCGAACCUCACUGAGACGCCAUUUUAUACUGCUUACUCUUAGAAGUCAUGUUAUGCGACUGCUAGCCUCCUGUAUUUUGCUCUGUAAUUUUACCUCUACAUUUCAUUAUAACACAGGAUUUAAAACCGUUUAUAAACCGAUAAACUAAUAAACUUUACCCACGAUUCUUAUUUAACCUCCAAUUGGUGGCGCACGCCAUUUUGUCGUCUUGUAACUUUGCAAAACGAGCUCUACAAAAUUUGGUCACCUCUAGAAUGUUAAUGGAUUACGGUCGCGUGAUACUCUGGAAACCACAAUGUUCGGUUAUAAAAAGGCAUAGCAGGAAAUAGCUACCACAGUGUAUGGUAUCGUUUUCCGUUGUGCAUAUCCAGCAGCAGUAUGGCUCUGUCUAGUGCGAUGAAAUUAAUACAGUUAUUUAUUGUGCAUUUACUACUUGUAUAUUCAGUAUUGGGGCGGUUUGAGAAUAAACUGAGGAUAGCAAAAACGGAGACUACUGAGCUAACUUACAAAGAAAGGGUAAUAGAUCGCGAGAAGUGCCACGACAUCCAAUGGCACGAAACAGACUGCAUGCCGCGGGAUACUUUCGUGAAGCUGAAACCAAAACUGGGAUUCUCCUAUCAUCCCGACAUCGUAAAAACGAAGGUAUGCACCGGUUUCUGCGAUACCAGAGUUACCUGCAUAGCAACGGAAACGAAAACCAGGGAGGUCCCGAUUUUGGCGGUUAAUCACGGUAUGUCUGGCGAUGACUACUGUUACAACAUCACCAUCGAGGAACACACGAUGUGCAAAUGCUUGUGCACCAUGAUGGAACAUCACUGCAACAAGGACCAAACGUACGACGAAGAUAAUUGUAGUUGCGAAUGCAACGCGAAUAAGUCGGACAGAUGGAAAUGCGAGAAACAGGAGAACAUGAUGUGGGACGAUGAGAAGUGCAUGUGCAGUUGCAAUAAGGUGACGGAGGAAUGCUCCAGCGGCUACUACUGGGUCCCGUCUGAGUGCAGGUGCAUGAAGCUCAUGUAGAAUGGCAUCUUCUGAUGUCCACCCCUGCCUGGAUCUCGAAAAAAACGAUUGGAAAUGCGUACCUAAUUCUUAACAGCUUAUGAAAAUGCAGUAAAUUCUCUCCAAUUGUCCCUCAGUUUGUAAACAAAAAUGGACGAUUUGGGAACGGGCGACACGAU